UCUCUCUCUCUCUCUCUCUCUCUCUAACACACGCUCUCUCAGUCAGUCACUCACUCCCUCUCUAACCCGCAGUUUGUAUUGUGUUUGGCCUCGCAUUCACUCUAUAAUACUUAUACGAUAUAUAUUGUGAUGAAAGACUUCACUGCGAGAGUCAGUGAAAACCAAUCAAUUAUUAUUACCAAAUAUUUGGCUCUCAGUUAAAAAAAAUUGAGACUCACUUUUCAAUCGUGUCUCAAUUCCUGUUGUAAUGUCCGCUAAAUUACCACUUCGUCCCCAAUUCGUGACACUUUUACACAAGAAUCCACUCUCGAGUUAAAUUACGCUAAAGAAUAUUCUUGAAAAUUUUCAUCAACGAGAAUAUAUAUACAGAGAGUGAGAGAAUAUUCUGUGUCUGUGUUUAUAUUCUGUGUGUUCCUAAUACUCGGCGCCCGUAUAAGUGGUGCCACAAUUCUGUGUUACAAUACAUUUAACAAAAUAAUUAAAUAAUGUCUUCAUUUCACGUCCAGCCGGUGUCGGAAGAGCCGGUCGAUUGGGGUGAGAGUCCGCACUGGGAUGAGUCCCGACAGCGGUUGUCAUACGUGGACUGUUUCGCCAAAACUAUCCACCAAAUAGACCCGGAAAGUGGCAAAUGUGACCGCUUUUCCAUCGUCUCGGCCACCAACCGGUCCACACCGAUGACCACGAUGGCAGUGCCGGGCACUGGCCAGUGCGAGCCCGCGUACCUCAUCACACUCGGCAACUCCAUAGCCAAAUACAGUCCCGAUUCGGGCGAUAUAUUAAAAUUGGCGGACAUCGAGAGCGGCUCCUAUUUUAAUAACGGAAAGUGCGAUCCGAGGGGCCGGCUAUGGGUCGGCUCUUUCACAGGAGAACCGGGAAAUCCGGUCACAAUGGUUAGGGGCGGCGGUAAUCUAUACGAGUUCAGUAACGGCACACUCAGUACUAAGUUCACCGGCCUAUCCAUUCCCAAUGGUAUCACGUGGUCGGCCGACGGGCGCAAGAUGUUUGUGGUGGACACUAUGGAGCGGACAAUUAAUUGCUUUGAUAUUGACCAAGAGUCGGCCACAAUCGGCAAGAAAAAGGCAUUUUUCAGCUCAAACCAAGAUUUCAGUUUUAAAGGCACGGAAAUACCAUACGGUAUAACAACGGACAUCCGGGGCAACCUAUGGCUGGCCGUCUACUACGGCGCGAAGAUAUUGAAUAUCGAUUGCAAUACAGCAAAAGUAAUUAACAAGAUCGAUUUGAGCGCCCAUAUGGUAACAUCUGCCUGUUUCGGGGGCAUCGAAAUGAACGAGCUGUUUGUCACCUCGUCAUACCGGGGUCUUCCCACCCAACAGAUCAGCGCACAACAGGCCGGACACACAUUCAAAGUGACCUGUUUUCGGGACAACUCCUUCAAAGGCUCGGCCAGCAGUCCGUUCACACAUUUUUGAGACUACUAUUGGCACCCAAAUGU